ACGUUAUCUCGCGUUUAACUUGACAAUAUUCAAGACUAAAAGAUGUACACGGAAGCUUUUGAAUUGAAUCAAUAUGUUUGUUUUUAAUCGGAGCAUAUACUCUAGUAAUAUUUGAAGUAACGUUAUACAUUUAUGAAACCCAACGUCACUUAAUUAUUAAUGUAUGUUACUUUAUUAAAUUCAAGCAAACAAAAAGUAACUGAACAAGGUUAAACAAUAAGAAUGUUGUUGUCAUCAUAAAAUAUACAGUAAAGCGAGCCCACGGAUCCAAAAAGUGGCGGAACUACUAAUAUCAUUGCGAUGUUUUACGACGAGUUCCUUUCCUAGACGAACCAGGUUCGUUUGGGCACCAAAUACAUUGCAGGCGGGUGGAGCUUCUUUCAGCGCGUUGACGUUGGAGAACCGGGUUCGUAGUCGCAACUUAGGUUUAAAGCUCCAGCUGACUCCACCGCAUUAUACAUGUGCACGAUGUCACCAUCAAAUACCGUUCAACACCAUCGACAGUAACGGUCACGGGGUCGCGAGCUGAGAGUAGAUUUCUUGUUUCGAAGAUAUUUCAGUAUCUCCAGCGCGGACUGGCUUCCCGUCGUUAGCUAGCUUCCUGUUAACGUCAGUUGUGUUGUUGUUGUGGGAACUCAGGAGAGUAGCGAUGUCCGAGUCCGGUCACAGUCAACCCGGGAUGUACGGGCAAGGGCGCAGAAGGAGGCGACGCCGGGGGGAAAGAGAUGCGGGUCCUCCGGGGCAAAAUCUGUCCGGUCCCAGUCGGGACCGAGAAUAUCAACCGAGGGAACGCAGGGAUGGGAGCGAGGAUCCACCAGGCCCUCUCAUUCAGAAGACCCCCAUCAUUCUGGCAAAGCCCCCUGGGGAAAGGGCCAAGCCUUCGCAGAAUGCACCUGUCAGUGGAGCUCCAGUUCUGGAGAAGCCCAUCAUGCUAAUGAAAGCCAGGGAUGAUGGAGGGAAGCUGGGAACCCCUCCAGAUGCGGCAGCUCAACCCUCUGGUCCUGGGCCCUCCAAGAUGGAGAGGGAGGGGCAGCGACCCACCCAGCCUGUGUACCAGAUCCAAAACAGAGGAAUGGGUGCUUCUGCAUCAAGUAGCGCUGUGGACCCCAUGGUUGGCCAGUCUAAACUCCUCCCUCCUGAGAAGAUGAAGCACAGCAUCAAGCUCGUAGAUGACCAGAUGAAUUGGUGUGACAGUGCCAUGGAGUAUCUGAGGGACCAGACCGAUAUGUUGGUGGUGGGAGUCAUUGGCUUGCAGGGAAGUGGGAAAUCUACAAUCAUGUCACUGUUAUCUGCCAACUCUCCUGAGGAAGAUCAAAGGGGCUAUGUAUUCAGAGCGCAGACUCCAGAAAUCAAGGAAAGAGGAGGAAACCAGAGUAUAGGCAUUGAUUUCUUCAUCACACAGGAGAGAGUCAUUUUCUUGGAUACACAGCCAAUGCUCAGCCCGUCUAUUCUCGACCACCUCAUCAACAACGAUCGGAAGCUGCCUCCAGAGUACAACCUCCCUCACACAUACGUUGAGAUGCAGUCUCUUCAGAUCGCCGCCUUCCUGUUUACAGUGUGCCAUGUGGUCAUUGUUGUUCAAGAUUGGUUCACUGACCUAAACCUCUACAGGUUCCUUCAGACCGCUGAGAUGUUGAAACCCUCCACUCCGUCUGCGAGCCAUGACAGCACUGGCUCCUCAGGCAAUGACGAUGGAGCAGAGUACUAUCCUCAUAUAGGUACAUUGUCCAUGCUCGACUGUAAUCUGUUUCCUGGUUUGGAGCAGGACUAUCUGGCCACUGAAGUCAACAUGUUCCUCCUUCCUAUGCAGGAGAAUGAUGGGGAGGAUAAUCUGACUAAAGCAGGGACGGGAACAUACCCGCUCUUCUCUCUGCUCCCGGGGUACAGAGGUCACCCUGCCUUCUCAACCAUGGUUUCAAAACUCCGCAGCCAAAUAUUGGCAAUGCCUCGCUGUCAGCUGUCACACACCAUCCUCACUGAGAAGAACUGGUUUCACUAUGCAGCUCGUAUCUGGGAUGGGGUGAAAAAGUCCUCGGCCCUCUCAGAGUACAGCCGCCUGCUCUGCUAACACCUCGGUUGAACUGCUGUCGUAUACAAUAGCAGUUGCAAGCUGUUAUGUCUGAUAAUCACGUCACAUAAAGGAAAAUGUGGCUCUGAAAGUGGACACCGUCGUUUGCACCCUACAGGAGGGACAAGUGAACCUGGAGGCCCGGUCAGUGGUAAGGGGUCCGAUAUUAAAGCAGGACACCUUCUCUGGACUUUGGUGGGAAUGAAAAGCUGCAAACUGUUGGCACUCGGUGUCAGAAAGUUGUGCAUCUGCCAUGUUGAAAGGACACAGCUGCAGCCCGCACGCCAGUGGUGAGAGAGCUAAAUAAAAAACGUCUCUGCUCAUGUUUGAACAA